UUCAUCCCUGAAUCUUCAGCUUCCCCACCCCAGGAACUUUGCCUCCCCACAUGCAGCAGGUGACUGGGGAGGGGGAUCCACGAUUUUCUUGGGGCUGAAUCUUGGUGUGUCUAAGAUUUAUUAGGCUAAAUGUUGGUGCUUUGAUUUCUUGUGAGGGCUGAACAUUUCUAUUCUGCACUGGCUUUUGGCUGAAUCUUGUUGUUUGAUUAGUUUUGGAUCUGUGUUUUCUUGUUUGGGCUGAAUGUUGGUGUUUUAGAGAUUCUUACAGACACAAGUUGCCCAAUGACUUUCUGAGAUGAACUUGGGCAAGGAGGAACCCACAGUCCAAGGUGCUCUCCUGUUGUUUUUUUCCCCCCAACCAGGAUUUUAUGUUCUUGAAUUGUGUUCAGAUGGAGGCAGAGGAGGAAGAGCCCUGGAGAUGCCGCACAAGGAGGAGCUGCAAACCCAGUCCAGGGAGCUGCAAGGUGGAAAGAUCCCCCCAGUGCCAGGAACACGGCCAGAGAUCCAACCAGAGCUCAGAGCUGGGGGUGAAACCUCGUGGUGGGGAGAAGCCCCACAAGUGCUUGGAAUGUGGGAAGAGCUUCAGCCGGAGCUCCGACCUUUGGAAACACCAGAGGAUCCACACUGGGGAAAAGCCCUAUGAGUGUGGGGAAUGUGGGAAGAGCUUCAGAAGUAUCUCUGACCUGAUGAAACACCAGGUGAUCCACACAGGGGAACGACCCUACACCUGCUUGGAAUGUGGGAAGAGCUUUGGUUGGAGCUCUUACCUGAGGGCACACCAGCGCAUCCACACUGGGGAGAGGCCCUACGAGUGUCCUGAGUGUGGGAAGAGGUUUCAGACCAGCUCCAGUGUCCUCCUGCAUGAGCGGAUUCACACAGACGAGAGGCCCUUCCGCUGCCCCGACUGCGGGAAGAGCUUCAAGCGCAACUCCACCCUUGUCAGUCACCAGCGCAUCCACACUGGGGAGAAGCCCUAUGAAUGUCCCCAGUGUGGGAAGAGCUUCUCAAGGAGCUCUCACCUGUCCCGACACCAACGGAGGCACCAGUAAGGGAAGCCCUGCGAGUGCCCCGAGUGCGGGAAGAGCUUCGUGCGCUGCUCCAGCUCCAUCCCCCAUGGGAGGAUCGGCGUUGGAUGAUCCCCAGUGACCCUUGUUGGGCAGAGCCCUGGUGAUCCGUGGUCCUGGUGAUUGGUGUUGGGAAGACACCUGGCUGGGAGGCUCCACAUCUUCCUGGCUCCCUGUGGGCACCUUGAUGAACACAGGGGCAGGAACAACAUCGGGACACAGAACAACAAUGGGAAUUCCUUGUGGGGGGCAUAUUUGUUGACUUUCAAUCCCAGAAAAUCUUUUGCAUUUAAUCUUAUCUUCUGGUGGCAUCAAGGAAUACUGGAUGGUCUUGGAGGUCUUUUCCAACCUCACUGAUUGCACUGUUUUGAUUUCCCAUUGCUCAAGGGUGUCUUCCACAGUCAAAUGGUGAUGACGUGGGGCAAAGAUCAAGGUUUUGGAGACAGUGGGGUGGAAACCCCUCCAAAAAAGCUUCUUCCCUCCCUCUCAGUCACAGGGAUGCUAAGCCAGCACAAAGAAAUCCUUUUGUUUUGGCCUUGAUUUUCUUUUCAUUUCUCUUCUUUCCUUUAACAUAUCUAAUUUUGGGGUAAAAAUAAAGACAUUGAAUUAAGACAUGGGUGAGAACAUUGAGGGACAUAGACAUGGUGGGACAUGGAGAGUGACAUGGAGCCACAUAGACAUGGACAGGGACAUGGCUAUGCAUUCUAACUCUGAAAUAGAGAGCACGGUGCCUGUGGAAAUUGCAGGCCACAUAGCUUUCUCAGUCUUGCCUGGGAAAGUGGCCUGGGAAUUCAUAAGGAGGAAUUAAAACAAUCCUCAGAGAUAGAGAACAGCCUUGCAGGUGCUAUUUGUCUGUUCCUUGUUUUCUUGCAAGAGAAGGUCAAGGGUUCAACCCACUGACUAGUGAUGGUGAUGUGGUAGUUUACUAACCAGUAAGAGUUUCUUUUCUGUACUUUUCACGUAUCGGUCUAGAAAAAAGACCUGAGGUAAUAAACCAGAGAGAAAUUCUCCUGAUCGACUCCCAAGAGAGUCUGUGUCGUUCUUCUUGCCGUUCCUAAUAGAGCAACAUCUGGUGACCCCGACGUGAUGUGCAUCUAAUGACCCCCAAGGGUCAGUGCAGCCAGCGGUCGACGAGCCAGCCGCUUCCCCCACAGAGGGGUAAGUGAGAAUCUCCCAGGCUCCCCUGGAGGGGGCUGGUUUUUUAGACCAACGGGAUGGUGGAGCCCUGCCAGUGAGCGGGCUUGGAACAGCUUAUCUUGAUGAAGCUAGAGCUUAAAGUCCCGGGUUAAGCCACUGCGUCUGCAUCAUUGCAUUCAUGGGCCGUCAAGAUAGACGGUUCUCACAAUGAAGAACCACAAUUCAACUAAUGAUCAGCUUGUCUCCUCUGCGUGGCAAGACACUUUGCCGCGCAUGGGACUCGAUAUUUCUGAAGAUGCUAUGUGCACUUUGUUCCAGUGAGUAAAAGUGCAAAGUUUUACUGUGACUCUUGAUAAUGCCUUUAACCUCGAGAUUUGGCUGUCAGUGGGAGACUGCCUAUGGUCUGAACUAGCUGCAGGAGAUACCGGCGUGUGCAGCUUGGCAGCCACCUUGGGCAUGCUCUUUAAAGCGCUGGAGCGGUGCCAGUCUGAGGACAGUGAUGCCGGGAUAGAAGAUUCGGAAGCCAGGGGUGCCUCUUUUGUACACCAUGAUGGACUGGGGGGUGAGACCAAGAACCCGUCACCCGCGGAGUUGGGCGCACAAGCCUCGCCAACAGAGAGGUGGCAGAGGAAUGGAGACCGCCCGUCCCCGCCUGCGCCUCCGUCUGCGGCGCCUUCACCAGCGCCGCGAGCACCGCUGCGAGCGGCCGCGGGGGACCCUUCGUUGUCGAUGGUGUUCUUCAGCCCCCCCGCGCCUUCUGCAUUCCUUUCUCCUGUGCCACAAAGGACAGCACGGAUGCCCCUGCUGCAGCCUGCCGGCGCGGCAGGGGGACGGCCUCCCCGCGUCCAUCCGAAGGGCCCACUGGCCCGGCGGGGGGAGAUCGACUUUCAGCCCCCCCAUGUCCUGCUGCAGAACCCGCGCAUGCGCAAACCUCGCUGGUGGAGGAGUCUAGAAAUGCAGGGACAUUUCUCUGUCUAUGUAAUUCUUUAAAAAAUACAUCAAUCAUAUAUAAUACUGAUAAAAAGGCUUCCAAAUAUCCCUGAGCAAGCCAGAGUUUGUAAGAAAUUAAAUAGAAAGUAGAAAAAUGUUUCUUUUAACACAGAGGUGAAAGUACAGAUUUUAAGAGGGUUCCACACGUGGAGUAAAGAUGGAGGAAAAAGGGUGUAGUUUUUAAUCCUUCUUCUUCCUUCUUCUCCAUGCUUCUGCAGUUUAUAGAAGCACAAAAUAUGAUUGGUGUAGAGUUAGUCGCACUUUUAAUUACGCGAGUAGAUAUAGAAAACUUAUUUGUUGAGAUAUAAUAACAAUAUACGUGUCUGUAGCUAAUAGGAUAAAAGUUAGUAUAAAGGUGAAAAGACCGUGUGGUUCGAGGCCAUUUUGUAUCAUUAGUACGAGAUGAGCCAGGCUGUGGUGAUUUAAGCUUGUGCAGUUAGUCUGGAUAGACCUGCCAAGUUUUGUAAGGAUCCUUCAAUAAACACGAGAAACCAGAAUCUAAUGAGCCCGGGAGUUUUCUUCGAAUAAUAAGGACUGAGAUAAGUGGGACUCCCCACGAGGGAGGAUCCCAAGGGAACUCAGCCCAAAGGAGGCUGAGAGACUAGAGAAAAGUUAUAUCCACAGAAAAUUCAGCCCAAAGGAGUCAAGGAGAGACAAGUAACAGCUGGGACACCCAUCGCGGCAGCCCUCAUCAGGGGUGUCCCCUCCGGCCUCCGCACCGCCUCUGCACAGCCCCCUGACGGCAGUGACACCGCCCACCACGGCAGAGGCAGGCAUGGUUCCUUCCCUCCAUGCCCAGCCCAGUGCAGGGGGGCAGACAGGUCCACAAGCAGAGCCAGUGCCCCUGCCGGCUACUGCAACGCAGUUGUCAUGGCAACCACUGCUGGAAACAACAACAACUGGGCAAAAACUUCAGUGAGUAACAGCAGCAACAACUUUACAAUGGAGUCAGCUUUACUCAAACCAUGCAAACUUCAAACUGCUCAGCAACACAGCUGCAAAACCCGACAAACAACAACAGCAGCCUGAACCUGAUGAAACAACCAUCUCCACACCACAGAUAGCUUCCCUGUUUACUUCACUGAUUGCAGAGAGUUGGGAAGCUUUUAACCACAGCCAUGUGAACUCUACAAGUCCCUCAAUCAUAUUUGAGGGAAAAAUCCAAUGGACAAAAAAAAAAAAAAAAAAAAAAAAAAGGGAGGGAGAUCAAAGCAUCGUGAAUUGCAUUGUUGAUUGAUCUGUAAAAAGUUUAUAGAUUUUGCAUAGUACAAUUGAGUAGACUGGGUUUGGAUCUGGGUGUUCUUGAGUUUUGUCACUUUAGUGUUCUUUUAAACUUCCCUGUCGGUGUAUGUUAGUUCACUGAACUAGUCAACCAUCAAGUCCUUGCAAAGAAAACAAUCCUUAAACAUCAAAAACGUAAGCCAGAAAAUCAUUCUAAAUCAGUGUCCAUUCCAAUUGCUGUUGAAGGAGACCUCUUGUGCUGUGUUUGUUCUCUUUCCUGCAAGGGCCCAGCAGAAGAUUACAAACACUGCUUUUUUAUUUUAAAACAAAAAGGGGGAUGCUAACUCUGAAAUAGAGAGCACAGUUGGCUGUGGAAAUUGCAGGCCACAUAGCUUUCUCAGUCUUGCCUGGGAAAGUGGCCUGGGAAUUCAUAAGGAGGAAUUAAAACAAUCCUCAGAGAUGGAGAACAGCCUUGCAGGUG